GCUCAGGACACCCUGGCAGCAGGCGAACCCUCUCGCUCAUCCAGCAGAAGUACUGGUGGCCUAACAUGGUUCGUGACGUUACCCGGUACAUCCUCGGAUGCUCGGUCUGCGCCGUUACCACCACACCUCGUCAACUUCCCGUGGGUAAAUUACAACCACUACCCAUUCCUCGCCGACCCUGGACCCAUCUAGGGGUGGAUUUCGCCACUGACCUUCCCCCCUCAAGGGGGUACACUACCAUUCUAGUUGUUGUUGAUCGUUUUUCUAAAUUCUGCAAACUAAUCCCAUUAAAGGGUCUUCCCACAGCGUUCGAGACCGCCGAAGCCCUCUUCACCAACGUGUUCCGGAAUUAUGGCACUCCAGAGGACAUUGUCUCGGACAGAGGACCUCAGUUUAUCUCCAGGGUCUGGCGAGCGUUCUUCCAACUCCUCGGAACAUCCGUCAGUUUAUCUUCUGGAUAUCACCCUCAGACCAACGGCCAGACCGAGCGGAAGAUUCAAGAGAUCUCACGGCUAUCAACCACCGCUGUUUCCCUGGUCAGGAGAAGUCUCUGAAGUGCCCGCGGUAGAUCACUGGUUCCAGGAGAGCGAGAGGGUGUGGGACUCAGCUCACGUCCAUCUCCAGCGGGCAGUUCGGAGGCAUACAGAGACCGCUAACCGACGCAGAUCGCCUAAUCCCGUCUAUCUACCUGGAGACAAGGUUUGGCUCUCCACUCGGGAUAUCCGCCUCCGACUGCCCUGCAGAAAGCUGAGUCCCCGCUACAUAGGGCCGUUCACCAUCCAUUCUCAGAUAAAUCCCGUCACCUACCGCCUGGACCUACCACCACACUACCGGAUCUCACCCACGUUUCACGUCUCACUGCUAAAACGUCACACUGAUCCAGUUUCUCCUUCCUCCACAGAACCAGAACCGCCUCCCCCUCCAGACCAACCCGAAAUCCUCGGAGACAACAUCUACCAGGUCCAAGAGAUCCUCGACUCCCGGCGGCGGAACGGCCACCUGGAAUACCUCAUAGAUUGGGAGGGGUUCGGUCCCGAGGAGAGGUCGUGGAUACCACGCAAUGACAUCCUGGAUCCGGCUCUCCUCGAAGAUUUCCACCGACAACACCCGGACCGCCCGGCUCCCAGAGGUCGUGGUCGUCCCCGUCGCCGCUCUAGGAUGCCUGGAGUCACCCGUGGGGCGGGGGGUAGUGUCACACCCUCAGCUCGUUCCCUUAGCCCCAGUCACCAUUGCCAGUCACCAUCCACUCAAUCUCCCAUGCACCGCUCACGUGAACCGUCACCUGAAUACUGAUUACCUGCACCUGCACCAGCAAUCACCACACCUUUAAAUACUCACCUCACUCAUUCACUCACCGGCUGGAAUCAAGAUUACAUGGACGCUCUUUGUGGAUCUUCUGCCUGCUUCUUGUGGACCGUAUUGUGACUCUGUGGAGAUUCAGAUACAGCGAUUAAGGGAAGUGACUCUUUGUUGUCAGGCCUAGCUUUGUACUUGAACUCACCUAUUGAUCAGUGCUUGAAGAUUCAUCGUCUGUGACCACACUUACCAGCUCUGUUGAAAUCCCAUGUUAAUAAAGCUUCA